AUGGUGACCCUCUUGAGCUUGCUCGCGGUGCUGCUUUUGCCAGCGACGCUGGCAGAAGACUGUAAAGACGGCGCGUGUAGCAAGGAGAAGGGCAAGGUGCCAGGAGUGCUAUUGAUGCAAACCAAGCCUGGGAGCUUAUUGAAAAGCGCUUCGAGCAUACCAGAUAUUUCCACCGUCUUGGCAGAGGUGCAGGGAUUGAAGCAGCAAAUGGAUACGAUGAUGUCCUCAGUCCAGGCGGUUCAAACGAAGGUGCAAUCCUGCUGCUCUUGCGACAAAGUGACGGACACCUUCAACCGGGAGAACACGGGCAUUUGUGCGGUCUUUGGGGACCCCCAUUUUGUGACGUUUGAUGGAGCCCAGACCACCUUGGUGGGGGAUCAUGUGACAUGGCUGGUGAAGACAGAUCAGAUGCACUUGCAGACCUUGGAAAAGGGCAGUGAGGGCUUUCUCAUGGGCUUUGCCGCUGGGGGGCCCUUCCUGCAAGGCCACCGGCUGGUGGUCUUCAAGGAUUCGGAACACGGUCCGGUCCAUGUGACCUUUGAUGGGACCGAGAUCCUGCAGGCGGAGGUGGAUGAGUUCCACAAUUCCGAGGUUGGGGUCUCUGCCUAUCGUCGGGAAAACUGGGAUCCAGAGCUCUUUGAUGACAGGAUCUUGAACCUUCGCACGAAGAUGCCUUUCACGAUUGGCGACUUCGAGGACCGCUUCAAGAACCUGGUGACAACUGGCGUCUACUUGAUCACGCUGCCCAACCAGCUGCAUGUCACCAUCACAGGUGUGGACUUCCUUUCCCUGGUGAUCUCAAUGCCCAAGCAGGGCGGCGAGACGGGCUACUGCGGGAACUUCAACGGGGACCCAGACGACGACGCCGAGCCCGUCGUGCCUCAAUGGGACAAGCCCGUGGGCCCCAACCUUGAGGACUUGCCUCCGGCCCAGCGGCUCUUCUCCAAUGAGACGGUGCUGCUGUUGCUUGGGGAGGAGGCGGUGCGGACAGAGGCCAGGUCCGAGGAGGAAGAGAUGAAGCACAAGUUGAAGCGUGUGACCGAAUGCCCCAAGGUCCUACUACAGAAGGCAGAGGAGGCCUGCAGUGGCCUUACCGAGGCCUAUCACAAGUUCUGUGUCUUUGAUGUGUGCCUCAGUCAGAACUUGGCGUCCGCGAAGUCGGUGAGUGCUGCUGCGGUGAUCCAGCAUAAGAUGAAUGCCCGAGGGGUACCGAUCUUCAUGGGUCAUGGGCGAUGCAUGGACAGCCAGGGCCGCGGCUACUUCAGCUACCCCACCAAGCUUAGGACCGACACCGCGUGUCAACAAGUCUUGCGGACCCUGAGCUUGACCGAUGGCGUCAUGGGAGCUCAGCUGAAACGUGGUGGCUUUUGCGAGGUCUUAACGAUGAAAGAGGUGGAUCCGACCAACGUGGCCAUCCCGGGUGGCUGGGGCCUCCCGGCCCAGCCGACCCCGGAGGAGGACGUCCAGAUCGCCAUGGCGCCCGAGGUGGUGCGAGCGAGCGCAGCGAAGAAUGCGGCGCAUGAGGCGGAGGCUGUGGAGGGGCAGAAUGUCGAAGGAGAUGGCACGGGUGUCAUCGCUGGCGCCACAGAUGAGGCCUCCUACAACUGCUGGCAGUUGAAUUGA